AUGGUGGCGGCUAUCUUAAACAAGGAACGUUUAAUCGAAGCAGUGAGAAGAUACCCUUGUUUGUACAAUACGACGAAAAAGGAGUAUAAAGACGAGUCAAUUAGGGAGAACGCUUGGCGAAAUGUUUGCAAUGAAGUACUUGAGAAGACGUACCAAAAUGAAAAAGAACUCAUUGAAGAGUCUGGAAGUGCUGGAGGUGUACCAUUGGAGCCUUCGUGGCCGUACUUUAGACUGCUUGAAUUUUUGGCUCCCUUUCUGAAGCACAGACAGACGCUGGGAAAUCUACAGAUGGUCAGCGAUGAUACUGUACAAGCCUCUCCAGAAAGCUGUUAUUCUAAUGCUUUGGAGGUCGAUGAGACGGAGCAGCAGCUGAGCACUCUUUCGUCCGAUACGUUCCUUAUUUUGGAACAGACGCAAUCAUCAAAGCCAAAUUCUCCUGUUCCUGCUGCACUGAAUGACUCAGUCGUUCCCAAAAAAGGCAGUACAAGCGAUUUUAUAAACACUGCGAGUAAAAAAGGAGAAGCAGACGAAGACAAUUUGUUCGGUCAAAGCAUCGGAAAAGAGCUAAAAAAUUAA